AUGGCGGAUUCCGGGCAAGAGGAAAGGCCUCAUCAAAGGCGGAGCCCGAGCCCAGAAGUGCCAUCUCAUCGUUAUAGGUGCCCCAGCCAACACCGUUCACGGAGAACUAGGAGCUCGCGCAGCCCCAAUCGUCGUGGGGAGAGACACUCAAGACACAAAAGUCCCAGCGUAAUCCUGGAUAGACUCAGCAGCCGUAGGAGCUCCCCAAGGAGUACUGCCGGUCAUAGGAGCCCCAGUCCUCGGAGGAGCUCGUACCGGAGUCAGAGCCAGAGCCAGCAGAGCCAGCAGAGCCAAACACGUGGUCGAGUGAAGACAGAAGGCACGAACAGCCUUCAACGAAAUCACAAACCGGUCCUGGUCCGUCGUGCAGGCGGAUCGGGCAACAGUCCAGGUGAACGCCGGAACAUGGACACAGGUACACGCUGA